UGGCGAUAAAGAGCGAACAUGCAAGCAUGCCCGGCGUUACUGAAGACAAACACACGCCUGUUUGUGUUUCAUUUGUUUUAGAUCAUUGAGACUUGAGACUUGAAGCUUGAAGUCUGACAUCGUUAGGACCUGGUUUUGGUCGAUAUGGCUGGCAACAUAAAGGAUAAAGAGGCUUUUCAGAGGUUGAACUUCCUUUACCAAGCUGCUCAUUGUGUUUUGGCCCAAAACCCUGAAAAUGUUGAACUGGCACGGUUUUAUUGCUUCACUCAAAAAACAAUCGCCAAACGCCUGGUGCUGAGACAAGAUCCCUCAGUGAAAAGAACCAUAUGUAAGAAAUGUUGCUCCUUACUUAUCCCCGGCGUUACAUCCACUGUCAGGCAAAAACGAGGUCCCCGAAGGCAGCGUGUGACUGUAAUACGAUGUCUCAGCUGUGGACUAACCAGAAGGUUUCCAAACAAUCCAAAACACCAGCUGUGGGUGGACCAGCCUGAGGCGCAGUUAGAGAAUCAGCCUCAGCCGGAGACACAGAAUCCUUCAUCCAAAGCUGCUGUCCAGAGCGACAAACCUCAUGAAUCCAGUGGGGUGGAUUCUUCAGCACAGAACCCGGCCACUUGAGAUCCGGCUUCUCUGAAAUCCUUUGGUGUCUGAUUUUCUACUUGAGACUUGAUUUCCAACAGUAAGGACGUCACUGUUGGAAGUUAUUUACUGCUGUGACCUGCAUGCAUUCUGUGUGCUGUUACACUGGGUCAGUUGGAACUAACAUUGAUUAGUAAGUCCCUGCAGGACCCCUGUGCUCGUGCUUCAUUGGCUGACUGCAACGAACACUGCAGAGGAGAAAUAUUCCAUGUUGUUGUUACAUUUUAGUUGCGCUGUGUGUAUAUUGAGUGCAUGACAACUUCUUUUGAAUGGAAGCUACACAUGGCUUCCUUUAUUUUCAUAUCAAGAUACAGUUGCUCUUGGUUAAAUUACAUGUUCUGUUGAUUAAGUGAAAAUAAGUUAACACAUCCUCUACAGACUUAAAUGUGGCAUUUUUCUGCAAAUUGUAG